GUUCUGGCUCUCCUUGAAAUGGCAUCAAACAGCAUCUUUGACUCCUUCUCCAACUACAGCAGCAGUCUACUCAGAGAGUCGCCCACCACCAGACGGUUCACGCCGCCCUCCACGUCCUUCCCCUGUAAACUCGGAGACGUCAACGGGGCCAUGGCCACCCCGGGCCCCCUCAGGUCAAGAUCCGACACCAGGAACGUGGUGGACGUCCUGGCGGACCACGCCGGCGAGCUGGUCCGGACCGACAGCCCCAACUUCCUCUGCUCCGUCCUGCCGUCUCACUGGAGGUGCAACAAGACGCUCCCCGUGGCGUUCAAGGUCGUGGCUCUGGGUGACGUGCCCGACGGGACUCUGGUCACCGUGAUGGCCGGGAACGACGAGAACUACUCGGCCGAGCUGAGGAACGCCUCCGCGGUGCUGAAGAACCAGGUGGCCCGCUUCAACGACCUGCGCUUCGUGGGCAGGAGCGGACGAGGGAAGAGCUUCACGCUGACCAUCACGGUGCUCACCGGGCCGCCACAGGUGGCCACUUACCACCGCGCCAUCAAAGUCACCGUGGAUGGACCCCGAGAACCGCGGAGGCACAGGGUGAAGAUAGAAGACCCCCAGAAGAUGCAGUUCUCGGACAGGCUGUCAGAGAUCGAGCGCUACCAGCGGUCUAUGCGGAUAGGCCCGGUGAACAAUAACCCCCGCCCCAUCCACCAAACCCACCUAAGCACCACACAAGCCCUGUGGCAGGAGCAAAUGGACAGCCCCGCUCUGAAGACAUGCAAGGUGGAAGAGGACCUGAGACCAUGGCCAGGGACGACCGACCUCUUCAACCAGAGGACCACCUUCCCGUCUCUGUCGCCGCUGACGGACCCCCGCUUCUCAGACCCUCGCAUGCACUACCCGGGGGCCUUCCCUUACUCCACCAACACCUCCAGCAGCGGCAUCAGCGGCCUCAGCAUGUCAGCCUCCUCUCGAUACCACACCUAUCUGCCGCCGCCCUACUCAAACAACCAAAGCCAGAACUUCCAGUCCAACUCCUACCUGUAUUACGGCACGGGCUCUGGAUCCUACCAGUUCUCCAUGGUGGCGCCGGGGAACACCGGGGGCGAGCGCUCCCCCACCCGCCUGCUGUCCUGCUCGGGGGCCACGGGCCCCGGAGGCACCAACAGCCUGAUGAACCCGGGGCUGAACAACCAGAGCGAGGGCGUGGAGGCCGACGGCAGCCACAGCAACUCCCCCACCACCAUGAGCACCUCGGGCCGCUUGGAUGAGUCCGUGUGGAGGCCGUACUGACUGACGGGCGCCUAGACAAUCACAGGGUGCAGGAGAGGUGAGGGAGGAAAAGUAAAGAGGACGAUGAACAAAAAAAAACAUGAACACCGAAAGCCCCCCCCAAAAAAAGAAGCAAAACUAAUUAAAUAAAUAGAAAUGCUGCAUGUUUGUCUUUUAGUUCUCCGGCACUCGCUUCAAAGACUCGAGACUCUCUGUUCUACCAACUCUCGCGAGACUUCUGUGUAUUUUGUACAAUUUGAGAAAACUCCUGCACUAACAAACACACACACACGAAAACAGGACUACAAAAGCCAGAGAAGUUAAGAAGUCCGAAACUGUAAAUAGACGUUGGUAAACCCGGAGAUGCCAUAUAGUCCCAUUUCAGGAUCAUUUGAGCCAAACAGGUACUCAGUAAAAGACAAAAGAACAAAAAGACAAUGGCGGUUUGAUCAAUCAGUGCAGCUGAUGAACUGGAAAACAGCAGCAGGCACUCGUCAAACGGACGGAGCAGAAGAGCAGUCCGAUGUUUCCGAUGCCUCCCCGAGCGACUCCGACAUCCUUCGUGAGGCACGGGAGUUGAAUAUUGUGUUUGUGUAAACCUCUUCAGUUGCACCGGGUCUGGUCCCCGUGCUCACGGCUCUCGUGCGGUACCUUCGAUGCCUAAUUUAUUAUCCAAAUGGACACAAUAGCCUCCGGUGCCGCGUGUGUGCCCACUCGAUUUGAGAGAAGAGCCUUUUCGACAGGUUUAAGAUAUUAAUCCUCCUCUGCUGCGUCAUCAUUGCGACCGGACGACGGAGGAAUGUAAAGACUAACGCAGAGGGGUAGUUAUUGGUCUCUUUUUUUCCUGCAGGAAUAUUUCAGUCCUGUUGCGUCUCUACUCUUUUACUUUUUCCUUACAUUUCUUACCCAAGCCCUUUCUGAAAAAAAAUGAAAAAAGAGGGGAAAAAAAGGUUGAGUUCUGGUCUGGUAUUUUUGAACUGGAUGACUUACUUUUGAUAUUUAUUUGAGCCAAAUUGUGAGGAAAUGUGCGCAUAUACCCAAAAAUCCGUAAGCAUUUCUCUCUACCUUUCCUUUUUAUAUAUAUAUAUAUGUAUAUGUAUAUAUAUAUAUAUAUGUAUGCAGUAAAUAUGCCUUAUUUUGUUGUUAAGUAUAAAUUUGGAAUCUGUGUAAUAUAUUGCGACUAAAUUAUGAAAAAAACAAAAAGCCUUUAAUGUAAUUAUUUUGUCUUCCAAUGUAGCUUUGAUGCACUAAAAACCUUUAUUCCUUAUGAACCACGCCCACCAGAGUCUGUUCGUGAGAUGGUGUAUCUGCAGCCCUAAUCCUUUAAACGAGUUCCCUCAUUGCCUUCCUGCGCUAAAUAAGCCAUUUGCUUAAUUUUUGCACUAUGUUUGAGUUUUCAUUUUUGUUUUUGUUUUUUGGUUAUGUAUUUACAAAUAUCUAAAACUCUUCCUAACUAAAACAUAUUCCUUCACUUGAUCUGCUGAACACACUUUAAGUUUCCCUUUGAACAAAUCCUUCCCCAAGUAAUUAAUAAUGAUAUUAAUGACAUACACCCACCCACCCACACACACAUUCCUGCACCACAGGUGUGUGUGUGUGCACAUUCCCCCCGUCCUAAGGGCCUUUCCCCUGCAGUUAACCAUGUGAUCCCUCUAUUCCUGGAGGAGGAGGAGUGUGAGGAUGAAGGGAUAGGAGGAGGUGGGGUCAGAGUGGUAUCUUCUUACCAGCACCAAGGGCAGUUAUGCAAAAAAAGAAAAGAAAAAGAAAAAAAAACUUCCCUUGUUGUGCACAGGUCCCUUUGUUCUGUCAAAUCAGUGAGCGCUUUGAAGCCUUUAUGGCCCUGAUUCUCUCUUUUUGGGUCUAAUUUACUGAUCAGCGGUGCCAGAGGCUCAUGGCUCUGCCAAUAAUUCAUACGCCGGCACAGAUGAGCUGUGUGAAAGCAUUUUCAGCUGCUAUCAGGUGUCUGAUAUCUCCUUUAAAAAGAAAAAACACUUCCACAAGUGUCCAUGACUUGGAAAGAUUUAGUUGCUACAAAAAGUGAGAUUUAAUUUCAAAGUGAAUAGUGAUCCAAAAAGGCUUGUACUUACAGCUCAGGUUAAAAAAAAAACAAGAAAAAAAGGAAUGUAUGGUUUUGUAGAGCUCAAAUAAAGACCCUUUGCCUUAAUUCCCUUUUUCUUAUGAGAAACAAUCAGUAACGACGUCUCGCUCCUGUCUCCUGUUGAUGUGGAGGAGCAGCAUGUCUCCCUGAGGAGAGGACCUUUCUUUAUUAUGGGCAACAAUCAUGCAGCUAGAGAAACCACGCGUGGACUUUGUAAAACGUGUGUGGUUCCUUAAAAAGUAAAAAAACCAAAGAUCUUCACAACUGCCUGUGAUACUGUCAGGGUGAUGAUGGGAACGAGGUUCGGCAAACGGAGUCUGGAUUGAUCUCCGAUAUCUUUCUUUAUGCAAAACUAGGGCGCCAAAAUGUACAAGUGAUGUCAUUGUUAUUGGAUUAAAGAGCACAAUGUUACGUUUUAUUUUCUCUAUUGUUUUUCCUUUUCAUAUACCGACAUGUUAAUUCAUCUUGCUCCUUUCAUUUUUCCUUUUUAAGCUCAAAGCAUGUACAUCUGAAAACUGAUAUGUUAAUUUAAGAAUCUCAUCUAUGUAUGUAAUGGCAUCGUUUAUGCUUCCAUAUCGAGUGCUUGUAAAGUUUGCGGAUAAUGUAGUUUUUAAUCAUUUUAAUUAAAAAACAUGUGUCUCA